AUGGCUGUUUCGUUGCGCAUCGACUUCUUGGAGCAGCUCCGGCUGUGGCUCUACUCCAGGGCCGACCCGCGCACGCGGGACUGGUACCCCGUUGGGGACCCAGUGUUCAUCACGGGCAUAGUGUCCAGCUACCUUCUCUUCAUCUACGUAUUCGGACCGCAGCUGAUGGCGUCGCGCAAGCCUUUGCCCAUCAAGACCCUCAUCAACGCCUACAACGUGUUUAUGGUAGUGUCCAACGCCUUCUUCGCGUACCAGUUCUUCGCCAACUCUUACCUGUACGGCGGCUACCAUCCGCUCUGCCAGGGCAUGUCGUACUCGACGGACAAGCACUCGCUCAACAUUAUGUACUUCGGCUACUUCUACCUAUUCGUGCGGAUUGCCGACUUCCUGGACACCGUCUUCUUUGUGCUCCGCAAGAAGUAUGACCACAUCACGCGCCAGCACGUCUGGCAUCACACUCUGGUCGUCGUCAACGGAUGGCUCUUCCUGACCCUCGGUUGCGACGGGCAGACGCUGUUCGGCGUCACCAUAAAUUGCUUGAUCCACAUGAUCAUGUAUACGUAUUACUUCUUGGCGGCCUGCGGCCCCGAGUACAAGAAGUACAUCUGGUGGAAAAAGUAUCUGACCACGGCACAGAUCGUGCAACACGUGCUCAUCAUCGGGCACGGGUUCAUAACACUGUUCUACGACUGCGGCUACCCGAGGUAUCUGUUUCUGGUGGCCAUGCCACAAGGCAUGUUAGGCCUGGCGCUCUUCAUCAAUUUCUACUUCUUCGAGUACAAGAAGAAGACCCUCGCCGAGGCACUCACAGAUAACGCGAGCAGGCUCAAGAGGGACUAA